AUGUUCCCUGCGCAGGACGCUCUGCCCCGCGGCGGGCUGAACCUGAAGGAGGAGCCGCUGCUGCCGGCCGGCCUGGGCUCUGUGCGCUCCUGGAUGCAGGGCGCCGGCAUCCUGGACUCCAGCACCGCGGCGCAGAGUGGUGUGGGCCUGGCACGAGCACACUUUGAGAAGCAGCCCCCUUCCAACCUCAGGAAAUCCAACUUCUUCCACUUUGUGCUGGCCAUGUAUGACCGGCAGGGGCAGCCCGUGGAGGUGGAACGCACAGCCUUCAUCGACUUCGUGGAAAAGGACCGUGAGCCAGGGACAGAAAAGACAAACAAUGGAAUCCAUUACCGCCUACGGCUGGUAUAUAACAAUGGACUUCGGACAGAACAAGACCUCUAUGUGCGUCUCAUUGACUCCAUGUCCAAGCAGGCCAUCAUCUACGAGGGGCAGGACAAGAACCCUGAAAUGUGCCGAGUUCUCCUCACCCACGAGAUCAUGUGCAGUCGGUGCUGUGACCGGAAGAGCUGUGGUAACCGGAAUGAGACGCCCUCAGACCCAGUCAUUAUUGACAGGUUCUUCCUCAAAUUCUUCCUCAAAUGCAACCAGAACUGUCUGAAGAACGCAGGGAAUCCCAGAGACAUGCGCCGCUUCCAGGUGGUGGUGUCCACGACUGUGAGCGUGGAUGGGCACGUGCUGGCGGUGUCUGACAACAUGUUUGUGCAUAACAACUCCAAGCACGGCCGCAGGGCCCGCCGCCUGGACCCCUCCGAAGCUGCCACCCCCUGCAUCAAGGCCAUCAGCCCCGGGGAGGGCUGGACUACGGGAGGCGCCACUGUGAUUGUCAUCGGCGACAACUUCUUCGACGGGUUGCAGGUCGUGUUCGGAAACGUGCUCGUGUGGAGCGAGCUCAUCACGCCCCACGCCAUCCGGGUGCAGACACCCCCGCGACACAUCCCUGGGGUAGUGGAGGUGACCCUCUCCUACAAGUCCAAGCAAUUUUGCAAGGGAGCCCCCGGCCGCUUUGUCUACACAGCCCUGAACGAACCCACCAUCGACUACGGAUUCCAGAGGCUACAGAAAGUCAUUCCCAGACACCCCGGAGACCCGGAGAGGCUGCCCAAGGAAGUGCUGCUGAAGCGGGCGGCCGACUUGGCGGAGGCCCUGUACGGAAUGCCCAGCAGUAACCAGGUAUGAGGCCGCCUGCGCCCGCCUCCCAGCGCCGCGCCCGGCCCNNNCGGACCCCUGGCACCCAGCCACGGGCACCCCGCCAUGGUGGGCAUCAACGCCUUCAGCAGCCCGCUGGCCAUCGCCGUCGGGGACGCCACGCCGGGGCCCGAGCCUGGCUACGCCCGCAGCUGCAGCAGCACGUCCCCCCGCGGGUUCGCGCCCAGCCCCGGCUCGCAGCAGAGCAGCUACGGGAGUGGGCUUGGAGCCGGCAUCGGCGGCUACGGCACGCCGGGGGUGGCCGGCCUUGGCGUGCCCGCGUCCCCUAGCUUCCUCAAUGGCUCCACCGCCACCUCGCCCUUCGCUAUCAUGCCCUCUAGCCCCCCGCUGGCGGCUGCCUCCUCCAUGUCCCUCCCGGCUGCUGCCCCUACCACCAGCGUCUUCUCCUUCUCGCCUGUCAACAUGAUCUCCGCUGUCAAACAGAGGAGCGCCUUCGCCCCUGUGCUGCGCCCACCCAGCUCCCCACCCCAGGCUUGUCCCAGAGCCCACGGAGAGGGGCUUACAGACCAGUCUUUUGAGGAUUCUGACAAGUUCCACUCUCCAGCCCGGGGGCUCCAGGGUCUGGCAUACUCCUAAUGACGGUCCACAGGUGUUGCCCCCACUGAGCCCGGACUGGAGGUCCCUCUGGGAUUUGCACUCAUACCCUGGAUAGCAGCACAAAGAGAUACAGGACUGUGGGCAGACCUCAAUCCCUGAGCUGAGCAGGGAAGGCCUUCCCACCCCUGUGCUCAAGCCCUCCUCAGCCCCACGGGUUUCCCUCACCUCCCUUUCUUGGGGCUGGUUGAAAACCCCAACACUGUGCUAACGCUCUUGGCAAGAGAGCAUGCCAGGGAGGUGCCGGGGUGCUGGGCUUCACUCACUGGGUCAGUUCUUCUGGAAGAGAUGGAGUUUGUCCAGACCAGGGAUGCCAGUGGGGAAAGCAGAGGUUGGGGACCAUGGGAAAUAGCACAGCUCAGGGAGAGGUGACCUAGAAAGGUCCUAUUUGCAUCUGACCCAUCUCAACCGGCCCAGCAUCCCAACUUCUCUCCAGUGAACAGGGCGGGGCCCAGCAGCCUCCGGAGGCCCCAGCCAGGCCCCCAUGGAGCUAUCCACAGCUGUCGGACCCUACGGCUGUGCUGCCCCUACCUCUUCUGAGGUCUGCACACCCAUGCUUGCCACAUCCUGCCUCUCCUGGGGACUUUGGCAUGGAGGAUGUGAA